AUGGCGCCGCCCACGCUAGCCGACGUGAUUUUCCCAGAGCAGGCCAACCACAACUUCUCGCGCAUCCUGGGCGACCUCAAGCGCUCGAACCUGUCGGUCUCGAACCGGCUGCGGUCCAUCUGCCGCGACGCCGCCUUCGUGGACGACGUCGCGACCGCGCUGGGCCACCUGCCGCUGGUCGCCAACGAGCGCUGCGGCAGCUGGUACAUCGACCCCGCGCGCAAGGCCGCUUCGGCCUACUUCAAGAGCACCGACGGGCACACGGGCCAGUGGAAGUUCAGUACGAGGAGGCUGAAUCUGCACCUGCUGGCGUUGAUUGGAGAUGCGGGUGGCUGUAUUAUCGUUGACUCAACUCGCCGAGGCAAACGCAUGCCCGACGCGCUGAGCAAGACGGUACCGAUCUGGUGCGCCGUGCUCAACCGCGCGCUCUUCCCCUCCCCCGCGGGGGCGGCCUCCCACCACGACCACCACGCGCUGGUCACCCCGCCCAACGUGGUCUCCGCGUCAGAGGCGAGCCAGAUAUCCGCGCUACUCCCGCAGUUCGCCGCCUCGUUCGCGGCCCUGGCCAUCGACCCGGCGCCGCUGCGGCGCCAGCUGCGCCACCGCCCGCUGCGCCCCUUCUGGAUCACGCCCGAGGACGACGACAACCACCUCGCGCUCGCCGCCGCCGGCGUCGCCCGCGUCGCCCGCGAGCUCGACUGCCUCCCCGUCGUGUGCUGCACCGCGUCGCGCCGCGUGGCCGGCCCCGGCGCCGAGAUCGGCGAGGGCGGCGGGUAUGUCCAGGGCGCGGCUGACGACACGGAGAACUGGGCGCUCGGGCUGACGCCGGCUGUGUUUUGGAGGCAUCGGGAGGCGCUGUUGGGAGCGCAGGAGAGCGAGCUGCCCGCGCUGAUCGCCGAGUUGGUCGCGGGGGAGAAGGAGGAGAGGGCCAGGGCGGCGGGGGAGGGGGUCGGCUGGGAGGUGAAGAGGGUGGCAGCGCCGGGGGUGUUCGUGGGCACGCUGGCUGGGAGGGGGAAGGUUCUUGCCGAAGGCGGCGCGUGCGUGGUUGCUCUCGUGUCCGGGACGACGGAGCGGAGCGAGUGGGUCAAGGGGCCGGCGCACUUGGAGGUCGGACUGGGCAAGCACAAGGCUGCGAGUCGGCAGCUGCGGGAUGCGCUGCCGCUGAUCUGUGAGUUCGUCUUGCGGUACCUGAGGAGGCCACAGACGGGCGAGAACCGGGUCGUGGUGCUCUGCGAGUCCGGCAGGGACCUGUCUGUGGGCGUCGCUCUCGCGAUAUACUGCUGGUGCUUUGACGAUGCCGGAAAUGUGCGAUCGGAUAGUGACCGUGUGACGUUCACCAAAACCUCGAUCCGGGUGAGGCUUGGGCACAUUGUGACGGCGCUCCCGGAAGCCAACCCCAGCCGGGCAACGCUGCAGAGCGUAAACAGUUUCUUGAUGGACUGGAGAAAAUAG